AUGCUGUCUGCCCCGGAACCGGAAGUGGUUAUGCAGGUCCUGCGUUCCAAUGCUGGAUUGAAGUAACAUGCUUUAGCCAGCAGCACCGUGGACAAGGUCACUCAAGGGAAAGUGCACAUUAAUAAAGGGGUGACUGGGGACCUGCUAAAAUCAGGUAUGUGACUGCAAUGUGGGACAGCUCAAAGACGUGAGGCUUCUUAAACUGGUAACAAAAUUGUGUUACGCAGAUAUUUCGCAAUACUACAACGUGCACAUACAUGUGUUGCUGCUGUAUAAAAUAGAGCCAGCAUGUUAUAAUGUUUAUAAUAGUUCACUAACAUAAUUUGCAGCACUAGGAAAAUGCAGCGCCAUUCUAAGCAUAAUUACAGUUAUUAAAUGGAGAAAAUUAAGAAGAUAUAUCGUAAUGUUUACAGUAUAGACAGCAUUUUGCAUGUUGGGAUAUUGAUUGGUUGGUCACGUUGGGUAAGAUGUGACAUUACUAUAAUUAUUUGCAGGGACGCAGAUUAACUCGGCAUACAUUGUAUGCGUUUGGUGAUCUUGUUUAUAAUCAGAUGUAAUCAUGAAAACAAUUGGUUUUCCUCUCACUGUUAUAAUUUAGACUCAACUCCCUAUGUAGUUUUAUUUUAGAUGUAUUUAGAAGCAGCAGUGUAGUUCUAGUUUAAGAACAUCAUUUUUAAUUGUGUGUUGGGUAUUUUUUUGUUUGUUUUUUAGGAGGGGCGGGUGACCACUGAAUUUUAAAUUGAAGACAAAAGUAACUGAAAACUGAGUUUUUCCAAUUUAGUCAUUUCACAUGUUUAAUUUAUGCUUGCAGAGUUAGAAAAGUACACUGCAAUGGCAUUUCAAUGAGUAUAUACAAUAAUAUUUAUGGAGGGUCUCACAGGAUCAUCCAUAAACCUCUCGUUGGUAUUCUCUCACUUUGGCAAGAGUACACAGGCGAUGUGGUACCUGUCAGUUUCUGCUGCAGGAGGCCAAAUAGAGGGACAGAUGAGUUAUAUCUCCCUUUCCAGUCUCCCCAUACAUGCUAUCACCCAAGCCUACAUGUCACCUCCCUAGGGACCUUGCAAAAUAGUCCAAAGACACUACAAUUUACAGUAUUGCUUCCUCACAAUGUAGGGACUACUUUAUGUUAAAGGUACACUGUAGACAUCCAGACCACAACAUCACAUUGAAGUGGUCUGGAUGCAGUGCCCCUGUCCUUUUAACCCUGCAUUGUAAAAUAUUGCAAUUUCAGAGAAUCCAAACCCUACACAAAAGUAUAUAUUUCUAGAAAGUACAUCACCCAUGUAAUAACGACUGUUUUUAAUCAAGCUAAAAUGACUUGCUGUUAACUCACAUUACUGGUUUUGUUGCUCCACUAGACAGUUCUCAUAUUGUCCUUUACUUUUAUCACUUACAGCGCCUAGUCUCCUUAAGACAGACAAAGCAUCCUGAGUUGUGAGGGAUCUACACUUUGGUCAACUCUCUGCUACAGUGUAUUAAAUGUAAAUAAUAGAAACAGGCAUUUGGCUUAAAAACUGAAUUUCACAUUUCUUUCACAGGCAAGAACUAUCAUAUUUAAAAGGUCUCUUCCACCCUCAUAAAAUGUCCUCACUUAGUGGGGCACGGUUGGGGCUUUGUGUGCUGCGUUCUGGACCACAGGCUGGAGCGUCGUUAUUCUGCUGUUACAGACAAUGUUCAAAGAUGAAAAGACUAGCACUAAUUCCUAAAUGCAUUGUGCAUAAUCUUUGUUCCCGUGGGAUGUCUGCCAUCGCUGGUCAAAAGCAGAGGGAUUCAUGGGAAAUUGAUCUUAUGGAUCUCAGUAAUGAAUUGAAGCUUGCCAAUUCCAGCAGACCGUUCAGAAGGUUCAUUACAGACCCUGGACUAGCAAAGACUGUUUUAAAAUGCCUUCAGCCAUGGGAAUGUGGUGCAAAAGAGCCUCUUGUUAUGGAGUUCAACCCAGGUACUGAACAAAUGAACAGUAUUUCAUAUCAUGAUCUGGUUUGUGUCUUUAAUACUAAAAUGUAAAUGGGUUACCAUAUAUUUACAUGAUUUGUGGUACUUUCUUGUUCUUGCCUUUUUAUUCACAAACCCGUAGUGGAGAAGGACAGUAUAAGAAAAUAGUGCACAUAUUUCAAACCAAAUUGAUUUCUGAUUAGAUUAUUUUUGAUGUGUAACAGUCAGAAUUAAUAUUUAAAUAAAGUACCAAAAAACCUGAAGCUGACAAUAAUAUAAUGGCAGCCACAUGCUUGCUUGACACAUUUCUGAAGUAUACCAAACAGGUUUCACAACUUUUAAAUUAGUACUUCAAUGUCUUUAUUUGUGUUUAUUUUACAUAGACUUAACUUGACCCAGAUCAUCGCUCUCAAUUAGUUAGCUAGGCUGGGCACGUAGAGUCCUGCUGUUGUAUUGGAGGCAGGGAAUGGUGAUGUUUGAUUUAAAGGGACACUGUAGGCACCCAGACCACUUCAGUUCGUCGAAGGGUGUGGGUUCCAUGUCCCUUAACCCUGCAAUAGUAAUUAUUGCUGUUAUUGAGAAACUGAAUAAUUACCAUGCAGGGAUAAUUCCAUCUCUAGUGGCUGUCUACCAGACAGCCUCUAGAGGGCUGCCUGGUUUGAAACAGACCUUUAGUCAAUUAUCUGACGCUGGAUGUCCUCGCGCUCUGCAUGAGGACCUCCAGCGUCCACAUUUUUUUCCCCAAUAGGAAAGCUUUUAAUAAUGCUUUUCUAUGGGAAAAUCCUAAAGCGAGCACGGCCAUUGCCUGGCCCAGUGCAGAAGGACAUUGGCGCUUGAUUCAGGUAAGUGACUGAAGAUGUUUUAACCCCUUCAGCACCGCAGGAGAAGGAGGGGGGGCACCUUUAGAAACCUAUAGUGCCAGGAAAACAAAGCCGUUUUCCUGGCACUAUAGCAUCCAUUUAAGUGAAAAUUUGUUUCACCAUCACACCUCGAUACUACUUGUAACUAACAAUUAAUGGAACAUUCCAAGCAUACUGUAGUGGUUAUGGUAUCAGAUGUUCCAGGCACCCCCCCUGCGUAAGUAGUCAAACUGUUUACUAUUACCCCCAUAGGGCCUGCAAAGGGCAGACAUGUCCUCUAUGAGAGCCAGAAACCGCAUUGAGCUACUUUGCAAAUCCCAGGUAAGAACUCAAACUGUUAGGAAAUGGUUUUACUACCUACAUUGAGCACAACUGGCACCAUAACCACCAGAACACACUUGGGAUGUUCACAAGCUGAGUGAUCACUUUAAGAGCUUAUCACAGUGAUCACAUUGCCUUAACUUAUAUCUAAUGCAAGUGAUCACUGUGAAUGUUUCCUAAAGCGAUCAGCCAGCUAGAGGUUAACACAGUAAAAGAGUUUAAGCAUGCAUUGGUGUAAGCUGAUGUUCUUGCAUACUGAUAGCUGAUUAGCCUUCUAUUUGUCUUGGAAGGGAGAUAGGUGACAGGAGACUGGGUUUAUUUUUUAUAUGGAAGUGUUCUAAUUUUUUUUAUUGUCGGAGUUGUUUACUACAUUGAGAACUCAAAGUGAAUUUUAGAUAAAAAAAAAAAAAAUAGAGGCUAUUGAAAUACUGUUGAUUAAAAACUUGUUUAUGUUAAUUUAGGUCCUGGAGUCGUUACACGGACAUUGUUGGAUGCUGGUGUCAAAGUUGUUGCCCUGGAAAGUCAGGCUACCUUUCUUCCAACAUUAGAGGUAUAUUUCAAAGUUAAUUUAGUAACUUACUAUAUUAUGAAUUUAAUUUUGUGCAAUGGAUAUUUGGAAUCUGAAAUCCAAACAUAACUGUUUAGAGCUUUGUAAUUCUCAAGCAGGCUUCUUGAUAGAGGAAGCAUCUCUCUCAAUGAAACACUGUAGUCCACACAGAGAUGGAGAAUCUUCUUUAUUGACAAAUGAGAUCAAGGUAUUGCUGGAUGGAGAAGAGUGCUAGGAUAGAGGUCUACUAGAAAGUUAGGGCAAGGGAAAUGUUGAAAUCAGUGAAAAUUUUUAUUUAUGGCAUUAAAGUGGUCCUGUAAUGACAGCUCUAGGUUUGCAGUUUUUAACCAUCUGGCUUGGCUCAUGUUGUUAUACAAUUGAUUACUUUACUGAGAGGGUAGUGGAUGCAUGGAAUAGCCUUCCAGCUGAAGUGGUAGAGGUUAACACAGUAAAGGAGUUUAAGCAUGCAUGGGAGAGGCAUAAGGCUAUCCUAACUAUAAGAUAAGACUAGGGACUAAUGAAAGUAUUUAGAAAAUUGGGCAGACUAGAUGGGCCGAAUGGUUCUUAUCUGCCCUCACAUUCUAUGUUUCUAUGAUUGUUUCUUCCAUUAAUACUACUAAAAUCUCAUAUUUUAAUUUAUUUCCAUUUCCCCUGUCUUCUGCUGAUACCAUCAAUCAUGUUUUCAGUGGGUGUUAUGCUUGCAGUAAGACACGUCUCCUGCAUACCCAUUUGGGACUUGCUUCUCAUAACUGGUUAAAUGUCUCCAACGCUUUGUUGGUUUUGUGUAAAUAAAACUUAUAUUAUCUCUCUCCAUUCUCAAUUUGCCUAUCUAAAGCUGCAGCAAUAAAUCAUUCCUGCUUUUUUUUUUAAUUUUUUUCUUCUCUCCCCUGCAUAAUGCUGUGGUUUAAAAAAAAAAAAAAAAUUUAAAAAAAAUUGUGUAUACCAACGAUUUAGUAAAUUACAUCACAAUCCGGUUCAGCCCCGAUACAGCCAGGGCAUACAUUGAAUUGGAGGAGCAGCAGAAAUAAUGGGGGAGAUUUAUUAAUGUGCUCUGAAAUGUGUCUCUUGUUAAUUGGACUAUAAUCAUAACCAUUUUUAAUAAUCACAAUUAUUUAUAUAGUGCCAGCAUAUUCUACAGUGCUGUACAAUGGGAAACAACGUGAACAUUUAAUUCUAAUAAAACAUAUUACAUACCGGAACAGUAUUUUUGAGUACCAGACCGGUGGGAGUACUAGAAUGUAUGGUCAGGGGAACCCAUUUGACGUAGGAAAUAAGAACGGCUGAAUGUCCUGACCGUAGGAGUAGAAUAUAACGUGUGUGUGUGUGUGUGUGUGUGUGUGUGUGUAUAUAUAUAUAUAUACAAAAAAAAAAAGCGCUUAGAUUCUGAAAGCGUUAACAAUUAAACAAAAAAUAUGAAGUCGGUUAUUCCCAGUUGAAUAGGAAUAAAACCUAUUGUUGAGAAAAGGCAACCUAAUAAACUAAAGUAUUUGUGUUUCAACAAAAAAUAUGUCUCAUGGAAAUUAUACUGAAGUAUUUACAAUUAGAAACAAAAAAAGAUGAGUUAGAAAUGUUUAGUGAAGCGGAGUCACGGCUUUAAAAAGAUUAUAUUAUGUCCCUGCGCUGUGGUGGUUCUGAGCCACUAAAAUAUAGUAAAAGAAACAGAGUGCCCUAAGAAUAAUUUUUAAAAAUUAACUUUUAAUGAAUAAGUUAAAAAAUAAAUAUAAAUAACUAGGUUUAGCAAAGAGUGAUGAGUGGUAAUACUCAAUGUGCAAUUGGUUGCAAUAUAAUAUGAUAUAAAGAUUGCAACACUAAGGUGAUGAUACCUAUUAGAGAUUAAAAAUAGAUACAGAUCGUUUGGUAACGUGUUAACAUCUAAAUAUGAAAAUGGAAAAUAAAUUUUCAAAAGAGUAGCAAACACAGAGGACCUGUUCAAAAGUUUUCAGUGAACCUCUGGUAGAUCUAAACUGCAUCAAUACAAUGUUGCAGUAUGUAGUCAACUGUGACAAAAGCUAUAGUGCUUAGUAUGAUGUAGAGAAAAUCAUGUAACAGAUAGUACUAAAUAGCUUAGCGAAAAGAGGUCUACGGUCACAGAAAAUUUAAAAAAGACUGUAAGAAAUACUGGGAAUGGAUUAUCGGUGAGCUAAAUAUCAGUGACCGAUAAACAAAUAGUGACAAUAGGGUAAAUGGGAGUAGAGUACCGCUGAUAGAUGCAUGUAAAGGGGGAAAAACCCACCACCUAAAGCCGCCCGGUUCUAACAGUAAUGUACUACAGGAUUCUGAGGGAAGUAUGGACAAGUACGGUCAAUAGCCCACACAGCAAGAUGUUGCAAAGAAUCACCGAUGGCCCCUAGCUUUUGUCACAGUUGACUACAUACUGCAACAUUGUAUUGAUGCAGUUUAGAUCUACCAGAGGUUCACUGAAAACUUUUGAACAGGUCCUCUGUGUUUGCUACUCUUUUGAAAAUUUAUUUUCCAUUUUCAUAUUUAGAUGUUAACACGUUACCAAACGAGCUGUAUCUAUUUUUAAUCUCUAAUAGGUAUCAUCACCUUAGUGUUGCAAUCUUUAUAUCAUAUUAUAUUGCAACCAAUUGCACAUUGAGUAUUACCACUCAUCACUCUUUGCUAAACCUAGUUAUUUAUAUUUAUUUUUUAACUUAUUCAUUAAAAGUUAAUUUUUAAAAAUUAUUCUUAGGGCACUCUACUGUUUCUUUUUCUGUUAUUACUACCUUGGUAGUUUUUUGUGGGUUAACCCCACUAUGAGUGUUUUCCCUAUAGCUUUCAUCCCCCUUUUUCUCUACUAAAAUAUAGUACGUUUAAAGAAUUGAGCUGUGCUGGUGUGUAAAGCACUGGCCACAGCUGCCACUUUACUCUUAAGAGCAACAAUGUAUCCUCAAAUUGUCUGUAUCAGAGACAAGUUGCGCAAUUCAAAACCUGUUGUCUGUAAAAUCAAACAAGAGGAUUAAUCAAAAAUGCACAUGAGAAUAUCCAACUCAAAAAUGGGAAAAUAUAAAGGGGAAAAAAAGACAUGUAAGAUGCUGCUAACCAGAGAUUCUAUACUGUGCCUUAGAGGGCGCCUGUACUUGAAAGCAAUCAAAAGCUAUCUAUCACUAGGAUAGCAAUUAAUACAGUCUGUAAGUACCCAGACUUGUAAAAUCGUGAGAGAAGGAGGAUCUUUCCUUCUACUAAAUAAUACUUUUAGAUCUGUAUAGCAAUGGUGUAUAACAUCUGUUUAAUGGCUAACGUUUUAGGAACCUAAGCGUUUUUUUUUUUUUGUUUGUUUGUUUUUAUAUAUAUAUAUAUAUAUAUAUAUAUAUAUAUAUAUAUAAAAAUGUAAAUAGUAAGAGGCUUGCACUCACGGUUUUUGAAGUAGAAAAAUAAGAUUCCUUUAUUGCAUUUUAAUUAAAAACUGAUCAAUUAUUUUAUUAAAAUGCAAUAAAGGAAAUUUUUUUUCUACUUCAAAAAUCGUGAGUGCAAGCCUCUUACUAUGUAAAAAAAAAAAACGCUUGGGUUCCUAAAACGUGUUUUCGCUUCAAGAAUGCACCCGAUUACAUAAUUAUUUAAGUUUGUGUGCAAGGACUAUUGAAGAUAACACACACACCACACCACACCACCCCACCCAUAGAGGUUAUAUUUUAAUCUCAAUUCUACUCCUACGGUCCAGACAUUCAGCCAUUCUUAUUUCAUAUGGGAACAGUAGGUGAAGUGGCCACUCCCCAAAUGAGCACACAAUCUAAAUCUUGAGAAAUCCAUUGCAUCUCUGAAAAAUUGGUGUCUAUGGAUGAUGUCUAUGGAGCAAAAGAGGCAACAUAUGAAAGAACCCGACAGACAUAAUAAAUUGCACCAAAAUAAGAAGUAAAAUUGUAUUCAACAGUUUUAUCCCACCCCCCCCCAGUUGGUUUCUCCUCUCUAUUCAUUUGGAAGGGGACUAAAAUAUAUAGGACCAAUCUUCUGGAAUAAAAGGGAAUCAUAACAUGUCAUGUGUCCUUAAGGGGUUAAACAUGAUAUUGAAAACUCUGGGAUAUGUCUGUUCCCUUUUGGAAUGGGUAAUGAAAGUGGAGAUUUAAUAAAGAUGAACGUAACACUUUCUUCAUUUUGGAAAAUAUAUAUACUGCAGUGCUACAUUCUCUUCAUUGAUGCUUCAUUUAUAAUAACCCCUAAUUAAAGGACCACUAUAGUGCCAGGAAAGCAUACUCGUUUUCCUGGCACUAUAGUGCCCUGAGGGUGCCCCCACCCUCAGGGUCCCCCUCCCGCCCGGCUCUGGAAGGGGGAAAGGGUUAAAAACGUACCUUUUUCCAGCGCUGGGCGGGAGCUCUCCUCCUCUUCUCCGCCUCCGAUCCUCCUCCCUGGGCUGAAUGUACGCAGCGGCAAGCUGGCAGCAUUCAGCCACGUCAGGAAAGCGUUUUUAUGGCUGCGAUGCUCUACUGAAAAUCACGGUGAAACACACCAGCGCCUAGUAACUGUCAAUGAGACAGCCACUAGAGGAAAUAGGGGGAAGGCUUAACCCAUUCAUAAACAUAGCAGUUUCUCUGAAACUGCUAUGUUUAUGAAAAAAUGGGUUAACCCUAGAAGGACCUGGCACACAGACCACUUCAUUAAGCUGAAGUGGUCUGGGUGCCUAGAGUGGUCCUUUAAAGGAUCUGCAUGGUCACUAUAAAUUUCUAUUUACUCCACCGUGCCAUUGUAUGAGUAGAAUUUGGUUUAUCAUGUGAUGAGAACUGCUUUGUUUAUUCACUGGAGCCAGCAGAAAAAUGAAACUGUAUUCUACUAGUGAAGUGUAACAUUUCAGACCACGUGCACUACAUUGAUAUUUUAAUGAUGUUGGAAAUCUUCCUCCUGUAUUUUACAGCAAUUACGCAAUAAUACUGAUGGACAACUGAGGGUAGUUCACUGUGAUUUCUUCAAGCUAGACCCUUUGGGUGAGGGAUCUAUGCAGCCUCCUGUUAUGUACUCUGAAACCUUGUUUAAACAACUGGGGAUAUCCAAGGUUCCUUGGACUUCAGGUGCGUUGCUCUGAGAGCUGGUAUAUGUUGUUUAGAAAUGUAUAUGUUAUCCCCUGUCCAUAUGCUUUUAAGAAAUGUAACUGUAUUCUCUGGUUUUUUUUUUUGUUUGUUUUUUUGUUUUUUUAAAUAAGCAUCUGGACUUUAAAGGUUUUUUUUUCUUUUUGUUCUUUCAUAACCAUCUAUUUUCUAGAUUUUUUUUUUGUUUAUCCACCCAUUAUUUAUUUAUUUAUAUAUAUAUAUAUAUAUAUAUAUAUAUAUAUAUAUAUAUAUAUAUAUAUAUAUAAUACUUUUUUCCUUCUUAAUACAGUCUCUUAUGAUCUGAAAUUAAUGUAGCUUUCUUGUUCAAUUUUUUAAAUUUUUUUUUUUAUUUUUUAUUGUUUCUUUUUGUCUCAAACACAAUGACAUUGCUUGUUCUUGCAGAUGUUCCUUUAAAAGUUUUUGGGAUUUUCUUUCAAAAAAUUGAAAGUAAGUUCAUUUGGAAACACAUCUACUCCAUUUAUGAAAAGCGUUCCAUAUAUAGAUAUGGCCGAAUCGAGCUAAAUCUGUUUAUGAGUGAAAAGCAGUAUAAGGUAUGUUUCAAAUUGUGAGUAAUAUUCCUCCCUCCCCACAAAAUCAGAAUGUAUUUAUUUUUAAAUGCUUGUUGUAACGUAGUUUUUAACCAGCAUUGACUAAUUAAGCAUAAUUCUUUGCUAGAAACUGAUCUGUCCGCCUGGAGAUAUGCGUAAUUACCAGGCUCUAGGUGUGCUGUGUCAAGCAGCCUAUGACAUUCAGCUUCUGCAUAUGGUAAGUACAGUACAAUAUCUCUUUAUUUGAAAAUGUUUCCAUCGUUUUAUACUUCCGUAGGUGCUAGGUGUUUGCUCUCCCCUUCCCCAAUAAAUGUUAAGUUGUAUAAUCUUUGCUUUCUCUGAUGACUUGACUUGACAUGUGCAUGUUUAUAACCCUAACUUAUCUAGAAACCUACUCUACCAAUUAUCAUAUCCAUGCCUACAGGUUUUGGAUUGACAUCAAAUCUUAAUUAAUCAUACAAGAUUCAGAUAAUAGCGUGGGUUGAGUUGCCUACAAAACAAACUUGCUCCAGCUAGACUUCUUUGAGUCCCAUCACAAGCUCUCCUUGCAUUACCCAACAGCUUAUAAUAGCAAGGGAGCAUCUGGUCUGCACCCUCAGCAGGUGGAGAUUACUGUCUGCUCCCUCAACCUUUAUAUCACCUUUAAGGAGUAGGUUUCUUUCAACACACACAAAUCCCAAGAACUAACCCUCUCAAACCACAAUCAAUAGGUAUAGUUAGUUAAAAUUAUCGUAUAGAUAAAGAGAUUUUAAUGGACAUACUGUUUGUAUAUUGGUGGUAGGGAUGCACAAAUGGCCCCUUUUGAGCUGGGGGUAUAGAUGUUCUUUUCACCUGUGAGCAGUCCUUUUGAAUAAAGUGAUGUGGUAUUUAAAAAAAAAAAUUUAAAAAAUUUGUGUGUCAAGUUUUACUGUAGUAAUUUGAUUUAUUGAGAGUUUGGUAUGUGUCAUGGAUAAUCUAUUCCUUGUGGUCCGUGUUUUUAGUUGGAGAGCCUGAUAUAUGGGAAUUAGUCUACUAUUCUUUAAAAUGUAUGUAUUUAGUCUCCUAGGCUUACAACACAAUGUUCCUGUAUUUAUUUUUUCAGGAGCCUUGGUCAUCUUUUUUUACGCCAUCAAAAUUCAGAGAAACAUCCGGAGCAAAGAGUGUGGUAUGUGUUUAUAGACCCUGUACAGUUGAGAGACAACUGAUACUAUGAAGAUGUUGGAUUUUUAAAAACUUAAGUUUCCAGUGCACCAUUCCAAUACUUGCAUAGACUUACUAAUAAAAGUAAAUUAGUACCAUUGCAGGGGCCAUUAUAGUGUAAGCUUACUUGCCAGUUUCAAGGCAAAACUCCUUAGAUGAGUUCUACGGUAACAAUUUACCUUGCUGCUUUCAGCUAAAAGGCAAACUCUCUAAUGUGCAAGAAACUCAUAUUUUACAUGUCAGUGCUGCAUUUUUUGUAGGAAUACAUUUUAUUCCUUUGUUAAUGCUAAAGCUAUUACAAGCCUAUAGAAAUUAUCCCUACAUUAAAACUCCCACUACAUUUCCAUCUCUUUUUCUAUUUAAUUUGUAUAACAAGCAAUGUCACAUUGCUGGGGCAUUAUCCAUGUUUGUCCUGUUAAUGUUUAAUUAACGUGUACGGGUUUAUAUUAAAAGAAACAACAACAAAAACACACAAGCUUUUUCAGUUACCAUAGUUAAUUUAUUUGUCACUUUGCUUCUUGUGUUUGUUGCACACACUGUGUUAUUAAAUAAAAUCAAGGAACUAGUACAUACUGGCAGAAGAAGACUUUGUACUUGGAUUAGCUGAUGUGACUGUGUAUCUAGACUAACCCAUUUUUUGUUUCAUUUUUGCAGACAAUACCAAAUGACCAUAUGUGUUUGGUGAGACUCACUCCACGAAAGAAUUUGUUUGGAAAGCAGUUUAAAGUCCUUAACUCCACUACCUUUAUCUUAAUGGUUAGGCAGUUACUCUGCAAGCGCAAAGGAAAACUUCUAGAUUGGUUAAAGUAAGUGUAUGACAUUUCUUAAUUUUUCUGGAUAUGUGUGUGUAUUUUUGAAAAUACAAGUUUCCCAUAUGAUAUGACUCACGUACUGUCACUUCUAAUAAAGGUAAUGUCUGGUUAAUAAGCUUUAUAAUCGGUGUAUAAAUAGAAACAUCAGUCUUUACAGUCAAAUAAGAAUUUUUUGAAAAAAGUCACUACAUUGGUAAUUUUCUCAUUUACAUUGAAAAGAAUUCAGUACAAAUUAAUUUUCUUGUAAAGCAGAUUGCCUUGUAAUCUGUAAUUUCAGAAUUUCAGAUUCUCGUGUCAUUUCCAUUUACAUAGUUUAGAACGUCUGUCGUCUCUGGUUUGUGAAUGGAAAUACUAAAAUCAAUAGUGGAUUAAAAGAGUAGACUUUUACCAAGUAGCAAAAAAGCAGGACUAAUUGAGUAUAAAGUUCACACCAGCAUUGAGCAGAUGCUUUUUGCUGUUCUGAAUAAUAGUGGCAACACAAGACUCAAUAAAGAGAGCAGUCUGACUGGCUCUCUAGGAUUUUUGCCAUUUGCUUUCCAUAUGUGUUGCAUGCAGCUGUUUGGAGAAGGAGGGUAACUGCAUUUUACCUAUACUACGUAGAUCAGGGGUGUCCAACCCGCGGGCCGCAUGUGGACCAGGACCGCUAGCAGUGCGGCCGGGGUACAGUCUGAGUGGAGAGGUACUUGACUGGCCCACCCAAGCAUUUAAAUAAUUUUCCCCUCUAAUUGUGACAGCCUGUGUCAGUCCAAGGGGAUUAAUGAAUGGGAGGCUGGCGGCUGCUGCAGCUGCUCCCUUCACAAUUUUCUGCAAUUCCGUGUCCAUGCUCCAACCCCUCAUGCAAGCUCCGCCUCUUACACAUAAGUCCCACCCCCAGAUGCAAGCUCCGCAACCCCCACCCUCAAACAGGAAGAGGUCAAGAAAUGGCUCCCACAGUCUUCAGUGCCAGGUAAGCUUCAGCUAAUUUGUCAGUGAAUUUGUGUGCAUGUGCUUGCUAGUGAAUGAGCUUGUAUGUUUGUGUGUCAGUGAGCGUGUGUGUGUGUUAGUGAAAUUGUCUGUAGUGAGUGUCAGUGAGCUUGUCUGUCAGUGCACUUGUGUGGAUUGAAUGUGUCUGUGUCAGUGAGCUGAUAUGUAGUGAGCGUGUGUGUGUGUGUAUACACACACACGGCACAGUGAUUAAUGUAAUUUUUGUAUAUGAGUUGUCAGUGAUUGCAUGUGUGUUUGGUGGCGGGGGGUCUGUGUAUAUGUGAUUGUAUUUGUGUAAGUCAGUGAUUAUGUGUGUAGGUCUGUGAAUGUAUGUGUGGUGUGUGUGUGUGUCUGUGCGUAUAGGUUUUGAGUGUGUGUGUGUGUGUGUGUGUAUAGAUCUGUGAUUGUGUGGGUGUAUCUGUAAUUGUGUUUAAAGGUCUGUGAUUGUAUGUAUGUGUGGGUCUGUGAUUAUGUGUGUGUGUGUGUGUGUGUGUGUGUGUGUGUGUGGGGUCUUUGUAUGUGACUGUGUGAAUAGGUCCGUGAUUGCGUGUGUAUAUUUGUAAUUGUGUGUAUAGGUCUGUGUGUGUGUGUGUACAUCUCUGAUUAUGUGUACAUAUGUGACUGUGUAUAGGUCUGUGAUUGUAUGUGUGUGUAUAUUUGUUAUUGUGCGCAUAAGUCUGAGUGUAUGAGUGUAUGUGUGUGUGUGUGUGUGUGUGUUUGUGAUUAUGUGUAUGUAGUUAGUAGUUGGCUCCUUAAUCUGGUAUCCUUAAAUAUGGCAAUUCCACAUAAGGAUAACAAAUAAGGGAGUUAUCUACUAAACAAAAUUAAUAAAAGGCGAUAUUAAAGGACUACUAUAGUGCCAGGAAAACAAACUUGUUUGCCUGGCACUAUAGUGCCCUGAGGGUGCCCCCACCCUCAGGGACCCCCUCCCGCCGGGCUCUGGAGAGAGGAAGGGGUUAAACACUUACCUAUCUCCAGCGCCGGGCGGGGAGCUGUACUCCUCCUCUCCUCCUUGCUCGCGACGUCAUCGGCUGAAUGCGCAUGCGCGGCAGAAGCCGCGUGCGCAUUCAGCCAGUCGCAUAGGAAAGCAUUUACAAUGCUUUCCUAUGGACGCUUGCGUGCUCUCACUGUGAUUUUCACAGUGAGAAGCACGCAAGCGCCUCUAGCGGAUGUCAAUGAGACAGCCACUAGAGGCUCUGGAGGCUGGAUUAACCCUCAGUAUAAACAUAGCAGUUUCUCUGAAACUGCUAUGUUUAUUAAAAAAAGGGUUAAUCCUAGAGGUACCUGGCACCCAGACCACUUCAUAAAGCUGAAGUGGUCUGGGUGCCUAGAGUGGUCCUUUAAGUUUUAUUGUAUAAAUUAAUAAUAUUAUAGAUUUUAUGUGAGACCCAAGACAAUUCCUCUGCAUUCAAUGCGGCCCAGAGAAGCCAAAAGGUUGGACACCCAUGACCUAGAUCUUGUAUGUUUUGUAAUUUGAAACUGCUGAACUUGGCAUGCUCAUUAUCUGUUUCUUAAGAGGACAUCCUAGGCACCAUUGAAAUAAAAUAAAUAAUUUUUAAUAAUUGUAAAGUGUUAUCCUGUGAGAGGAGAUCCCUGGCACCAGCUUACCUAAAAAGGUUAAAUAUUAUUCUGACACCUGACUGCUCUGCUCUAUGUCCUAGGCUUCAAUCGGUAAGCCUCGGACUGAGAGUGAGGUCCAUAGCACCCCGUUGAGAAAAUUGAGUGAAAAGUUUCUGUAGCUGUGCAAAAGUUCAGGGGUAAAACAAUCAUACACUGGCUUGAAGUGUUUUGGGUUAAACUGUUCUUUUAACACCUUCAGGUAUGUUGGCGCCCCUGACCUUUUCGUACCUUAAUUCAGAUGAAGUUGUUAUGGUGCCCAGAGUGCUCUUUAAAUACGCAAUACAUCUUAAUGUAUUAAAUGUUUGUGGAAGCUUUAUUUAUGGGCAGCGAAUCAUGUUGGCUAUGUUAUUUGUAUUUAUUUUACUAACACAUGAAUUGCAUAGGGUUUAAAAGGGACUUGAACAUGUACACAAUUCUUUACAAUUAUUUACCUAAAGGGAUCCUCUUUACACCAUAAACAUUUCUGCUAGUUGAAGUGGCGAUUCUGUAAGGUUUCUGUAUGACAGUGUUUUUUUUUUUAAAUGCUGCCAGUACAUAGAUGUUAGUUUAUUUUCCGGUGUGUAACUUCACCUCCGGUAACAGGCAGCCAGCCACAUUUCCAAGUUGGCCACACACAAGUUGUGAAAACUUAGCAUUCAUCAUCAAAACACACCGCAAGCUGACGCGAACACACAGCUUUUACACCCACAGGUGCUGUACUUUUAGCACACCUGCUCUUGUAGCAUUCCUGUUAGUUCCCCCCACACCUGGCUGCUCACUCUCAGCUAAGAUCCAUCAUUUCUCUAGGAGCUAUCUACACUGACAGCUCUACGAGAAGCAUAUGAUUGGACACCGCCCUUCACAUAGGGUAGGAAUGGCUUAGCUGUAAAAGUCAGAUCUUCAGCGAAUGCAAGGUAGGUAUAUGAAACUGUGUAUGCCCUUUAAAAAAAGAAAAAUGCAUGUUUUCUUUUUAAUUCUUUAUUUUUGAUGUGCACAAGAUAACACACACGCUUGCGCUGCCACGACAGCCAGUGCAAGAACAGUAUUUAAACCGAAGGAAACAAUCAUGACAUUAGAAUCAUCUGCACAUAAUUUUUUUUUUUUUUUAAUUGAUGAAAUAUAUGAAUGAACAUGCUGAACUACACUCAUGCUAAAUACUGUGAACUUUAGAAACCUAACAAAUGCAACGUUCAUCUUUCAAUGUAGGGUAAUAACUGCUUGAUCCAAGGAUAAAUCUGACUGCCAUUCUGGGGUCAAGAAGGAUUUUUUUUCCUAGCUUGUUGCAAAAUUGUGCUUCAAACUGGGUUUUUUUGCCUUCUUUUGGAUCAACAGAAAAAAAAACAAAUGUGAGGUAGGCUGAACUUAAUGGACGCAAGUCUCUUUUCAGUUAUGUAACUAUGUAACGUGAAAUCAAUCAUUCUUAUGAAAGCAACUGGCAUAGGAGGCAGUCACUGUAAGAGAGUUAAAUCAGAGGGUGUAACUUAACUAUGUAGCUUGAGUCCCCUAGGAGGCCUCCCGGUAUGUGGGGGUAGCAAGAGGAGCCAGUGUCUUUGCAAAGGAGACUUAUGGGGUUAGACAGAGCUAUGUCAGAAGAUACCAUGAGGAGAGAGAAGGUGAGUGGUCAUAUGCCUUUUUAAGUCCCAGUCCAUGAGUUCAGCUCACCCAAUACCUACUGAUGGAAGAGUACAGUCCCCGAAUAGCGGUGAGCUCUGCGAUGAAUCAGGGCCUAGCAAGGCAGACUGGUCAACGUGGUGGGUAGGACUGGUGCUUUCCCUAACAUCAGCUCUGUAUUAUAAAGAUUCUGUUGAGUCUGGUCAUGAGGUCUGGUUUAUUGUCGGCAGGGUCGUGGUGCCACGUGGCGUCUGCCAUGUUUGGGGUCUCACUCUAUUUCCAUGGGGUCCCAGUGGAAUCACCCCCUGUGCCCAUUAGAGCAGGCAAGCCUCCCUGGGGUGGACCGGGAUCACCCCCGCCAGUCAAGAGGGGGGUAGGGGGUUGCGGGGAGCUUGCAGAGUGAGUAGGGCCAUUAAACCGUUCCGUUCUAGGAGGUCUGCCGCCUGUCCCGUCCGUCGUGAUCUAGGCCACGUGUCUGGAUUUGCUGCCGGGGAGCUUCUGUCACGUUUACAACCUCCACAGUGUGCUGCAGUCAGGUCAGGAUGCAGGUGAGUCGUUAGGUGAUUAUGGGCUUGAGGCCAAAAAUGCCUUGUAGUGCCCGUGUAGCAGAGGAACUUGAGCAAAAUGCGACUCUCCACAGUCAGACCUCGCCACCCAUGUUUUCUUUUUAAAUGCGUUUUUCACGUGCAUUUAUUAAUCUAGAGUGUUCCUGUAACAUUUGCAGUUCCCUUCUUAAUUCCGGUGAUGUCAAGGUGUACUGCAACAAAAUUGUUAUUGGUGUGACUACUUCUAAAACUAUUUCUAAUUUUCAGUAUUUGUGUGUUUGCAGUUCCUGGGAUCCCGUUAAUGGCCAAGCCCUGAUGAAAGAACUGGACAUUCCUGAGAACAUAACAACGGGGAAUGUAAAUCCUGAUCAGUAUAAACGUCUGUUUGAAGCCAUGGAACAGUCAGACACAUUAGGCAAGAGUUGGAUUUUUAAUGAAGUGUUGGAAAAUACCAAUGGCUUAUGA